CCCGGGCUGCAUCACAAGAGGGGUGUUCAUCACAAGAGAUGAUUCUCUCCUUCAACUCCCUCUGGAGCUCAUCAACCUCCAUCCCUGGGAUCCCAGGACAGGGCUGGGCCAGAGCAGAUCCAGAGGGGACCCUGGAGAUGGUUGGGGGCUGCAAGAACCUUUCCUGUUCUUUCUGGGGGAGCUGAGAGAGGUUCUGCAGCCCCCUCCUCCACUCCCUUCUCCAGGCUGGAGAAGACCUUGUGGCAGCUUGAGGGCUUGGAAAAGUGACAGAGAAAAGCUUUUCCUCGAGCCAGGAGAAAGACAGGUGAUUUUAAACUGGAAGAGGAUGGAUUUAGGCUGGCUAUAAAGAGAAAAAUGUGCUGGGGGGGAUGGGUGGGGGCCCAGAGGAUUCCCCAUCGCUGGGGCAGCGAGGCUCGGGAGGUGCUCCUCUGGCAUCCCGGCAGGAAUUUGGCAGAGCCGGGAGCGGACGCAAAUUCCCUUUGCUGGCGCUGGAAGCCAGAUGGAGCCAGUCCCUGCAGGAACACCCUGAGGCUCCCCGCUCCCCCCGGGGCACAGGGACAUGCAGGACCCCACCGAGGGCUGCCAGGUGAGAGGUGACAGCAAACAGGGGCUCGGCCCGGUGCCUGAGAGCUCCAAAGCUUCUCCUGGAGCUCCUGUGCCUUUGGGAGCGGCUCCUUCUCUCCUCAAGCCGCAUUCCCGGGGCUGCGGUGAAGGCGCACCCGACAAGAGCAGUGAAAAGCUCAGGACAGAGCUGGGAUUUGGGUCCGGUGGGGUUGAGUGCUUUAGGAAUGGGGGUGGAGAUUCAGUGAUACCCCAAAACUUCAUUCCUCAGCCCCAAUCUGCUUUUUGUGGCGUUGCCGGGGACAGAAUCGGCUCGGUGUUCCCACCCCAUGGGAGAAGCGGUCACUGUCAUUCCCGGUGGGAGUGACAAUCCUCAAUCGUGUUUGUCCGCACGAGUCCAUCAUCCCCUGCCGGGCUGGGGAGCACCCGAGCCAUGGCUGCGGCUGUUCCCCCCCAGAUCAGGGGCUCGGGACAGCAGCCCGGGGCUGUGGGAUGGAGGUGCCCAUCCUCGGGGUGUCCAUGUGGGGCUGAGACCCCUCGGGACACGCCCGGGGAGCGGAGCUGCUGCUCAGCCCCCUCCGAGGCUCCCGGCGCCGUGGGCAGGGUGUGAAUUCGGCUCCGAGCCGGGUGUGAAGAGACUGUGAAUUCUCAUCAACACUUUCAUUACCUUAAUAAAAUUACUUCAGGUCUGUUAAGUUCUUUUGCAGAAAAACAAGCCGUAAUUGCAGGGUUUGCUCGCUUCUCCUUGCUCUGAUCCCCCUGAAAUGCUCAGCCCCUGGCUCUGGCCUCUGUGCACCUUCACUGGGAGGCUCUGGGGUCUCCUCCAGCAGCCUGGAACAGGUGAGGAGCUCUGCUGCUCAUGGAGCCUCUGUCAGGAUGGCCCCUCUCCCUCUCAUCUGCUGAGUUCUGACAGAUCCUGAAGAGUUAUUCAGAGCUCUGGGCUUUUUUGAACAUUAUAUUGUCAAAGCUUUUUUUCUGUGGGAGACAGAUUCUUACCUAAACUCACCCACUCUACAGAAAUAGCAGCAAUAAUAAGCCUGAAAUGAGGAGAUUAAGAGCUGGAAUUCAUUUUAGAAUCAUGGAAGACUUUGAGUUGGAAAUGACCUUUAAAGAUCUCAUCUGAUUUUACCCCUGUUCAAACUUUUCCAGGGUUAUCCACUCUGCCCUGCACUCCCUGUUACCCUCACGCUGACCCUGGAGAUUCUUAAAAUACUUUUGGUUGUGGGAUUUCUCCCGUUCCAGCCUGGCAGGUCCCAGUUUGGAGCCAGCAGCAGCACCCAGACCAGCACAACCCAGAUUUAGCAUUGUCUGGGCUAAUCCAGGCUUGUUCCAGUGUGUGUUUUGCUUUAAAACAUCUUUUUUCCACACCACAGCUCUGAUGAGAAGGGAUGAAUUGGGAAAGGUCUUUCCUGCCUCCCAGAACUCAGAGAUCCAGAGACCUUCUGGGCACAGGAGGUUCAAGGACUGCACAGAUCAAGAGGAAGUUGCCUGGAAGAAAAUGAGAUACCGCAGGAUGGGCUUGGAGCAGGUGGUUGGGUUAGUGGGUUAAUUAUUGUGUUAAUCAGGCCUUGGAAUCAUGGAAUGGUUUGGGUUGGAAGGGACCUAAAAAUCCAUCCAGUGCCACCCCUGCCAUGGCAGGGACACCUUCCACUGUCCCAGGCUGCUCCAAGCCCCAUCCAGCCUGGCCUUGGACACUUCCAGGGAUCCAGGGGCAGCCACAGCUCCUCUGGGCACCCUGUGCCAGGGCCUGCCCACCCUCCCAGGGAACAAUUCCUUCCCAAUAUCCCAUCCAUCCCUGCUCUUUACUCAUUUUAAAUUUCUCCUCUAUCACUUUAAGAUCGUCCCCCUUGUUCUAUCACUGCCAGCCCAGGUAAAGGGUUGCUCUCCCCCUCUCUUGUCAGGCCCUAAAGCACUGGAAUAUCCCUGCAGCCAGGUUUGGGGAUGCUCCAGCACAAGGGCUGGUUCCCCUCGCUGGCAAUAUCGCUGCCCUGGGCCCGUUCCUGAGCUGUUUGUUCCCGUUCCUGCUGUGGGCUGAGCUGGGAACACAGAAACCUCCUGGGAAGAGCCUCUGCUUCCCCUCCAGCAGCUCCCAGGGUGGCUGUAAGAUUUGGAACCACCUUAAAAUCGAGGUGGAAGCCACACCCUCUGGUAACCCAAGUUGGUAGCAACAGUGCUGGACCUCCCGGGAGAAUUCCUUAGAGAUCCCUGGGUCCUUCCUUCGCUUCUCAGUCGCUGCCUGCCCAACGCUGUGCAGAGAUCCCGGCCUCUGAGCACAUGGAUCUCGGAAUUGUUGCAGAGAAUGAGAAUCUGGAGGACAGGAACCAGGACAUGCACCAGCUUGGAGACCCACAGGAGGAGAUGGGGAAGCUGCCUGGCUCCAAGACAGACUUCCCAGCCAGGAUGGUCCUCAGUGAAGAGGAAAAACUGAAGAUUUCCAAAGACCUCGUGGAUCUCCAGAUCGAGACAAACAAAAUGAAGGAGCGUUACGAGACCGAGAACUUCAAACUGAAAAAUACGAUGCAGGCCCUGGAGAGGAGGGUGCAGGAGCUGGAGCUGUGCAGUGCCAGCGUGACUCGGGAGCGAGAUUCCCUGCGGGAGCGCCUGCACGCCCUGGAGAGCAGCCGGCAGGAGCUGGGGGAGGAGUUCAUCAUCCUCAAGAGCAAUUACCUGGCCCUGGGCAGAGAGCUGGACCAGGAGGUGAUGAGGAAUGAGGAGCUGACCCAGGAGCUGCUCAGCCUGGCCAAAGAGAGCAUCCACCCCCCUGGCUCAGCCCAUCAAUCCUCCCCCGAGCUGGGAAGAGGGAGAGCAACGGGACAUCCUCACUCUGCUCGGAGGGGGAAGCCUUCUGCAUCAUCUUCCUCUUCAUUUGUCCCUCAGUUGCUUGGAAACCAGGAUCACAUAAAAGUGGAACUGGAGAAACUGAAGAAAACCCAGGAUGAGAAGCAGCAGAGGCUGGAGGAGCAAGUGCUGGUGCUGGGGAAGGAGCUGCAGGAGGUGAGGGGAGCAGGACUCUGCUGCACGGUCGGGGACAGGCGGCGCAGGCUGGUGGAACAAUCAGCGGUGCUGCUCACAUCCCAGGGCCAGCUCCAGGAGGUGGAGGCGGAGAACUCCCGGCUGCAGCUCCAGCUGAAGGAGCUGAACGAGGAAUAUCGCUCCCGUCUGGCGCGGUACAUCAGGGACGUGGCGAACUACAUGGACAGCAAACCCAGCAGCGUGACCGGCCCCAGCAAAGCCCCAGCUGGCCAAGCUGCCAUGAAGAACUUUGUGGAGAGCAUGCUCAAGGAUAUCCGGGCUUCCUACAAGUCCCGAGAAGAGCAGCUGGCUCGGGCAGCUCGUGGCUACAAGAAACGCAUGAAGGACUUGGCCAAGAAGCACGAGAACCUGCUGAUUGCCUAUGGGCUGCAGCGGGAGCAGAUCCGGUCCCUGGGGAGCAGUGCCGUGGAUUGUGGCCCUGCCGAGCUCCACUUCUGCAUCACAGACCCAGAGCUGCUGACAAACAGCUCCCGGGAGCUGAACCGGCUGCGGGAGGAAAAGGCAAAGCUGGAGAUGCAGCUCCAGGAACUGCAGAAGAAAAACCAGAAAGGAGCCUCUGCCUUUCCAGUGCCUCCGGAGCAGCAGCUGGAUGAGGAGGGCUGGGCAGAGGUCAGGAAGAAGCUCCGGGAAUUCACUCUCAACACCCAGGAGGAGCUGGAGCAGGAGAGAAGCCAGCUGCUGACUCGGGCUGUGGUGGCAGAGGAGCAGGUGGUAGAGCUGCAGGGGUACAUUGAUCAGCACCUUGCCAGGUACAAGCAGGAGAUCCUGCGGCUGAGGAACGCCGAGGGCAGCGAGGUGCCCGAGCCAGCAGUGCCAGCCACGAGCCACAGCCCUGGGCACACCCAGACCCCGAGGGAGGUCAGUGUUUUAUGGACUGCCAGGCAAGGAUCCUUCCCAGGCUGGGAGGUGGGAACAGCAAAACCACGUGGAUGUUCCUGGUCUUAAAUUCACAGGACUAAAAUGAGACAACUCUGAUGUCUGUCCCCAGCCAUCCAUCAGCUGCAGGAAUUCUGCUCUUCCCUGAGCACAGGGUCAGGCUCCCAGACUUUACUGCUGCCUUGUGGGGACAGGUUCUUGCUCCUGCUGUAACUUUUUUCCUGGAUGAAAAAUUCCUUGGACCUGGACCUGGACCAGGGGCUGCUCCUGCCUCGCUCCCCUCAUGGCUCCCACGAGACAGAGCCAAGGUUGGCUCAGACCAGGAUUUGUUCUGGGGCUGGACAAAGGGAUGAGCUGCUCUUUUACUGUGAAGGUGGUGAAAGAGUGCCCAGAGAAGCUGUGGCUGCCCCUGGAUCCCUGGCAGUGUCCAAGGCCAGGUUGGACAGGGCUUGGAGCAGCCUGGGAUAGUGGAAGGUGUCCCUGACCAUGGCAGGGGUGGAACAAGAGGAACUUCAAGGUCCCUUCCAACCCAACCCAUUCCUUAAUUCUGAGACUCUGUGGUGGGAAAACCCCAUUUUCCUCUGUGUUUGGGUAGAAAAUGGAAUAUUCAAUUAACAAACAGGGCCAAACUGACCCUUCAUGGAAGCGAGCUGGAAAGGAUGGCAGAGCAAAGCCUGAGUCCA